ACGGUGUUUGCACUGAAUCAUCUGUUGUCUUUCUAUCCGUUUGGUAAGAGUAAAGGACACUUUUCUCAUGAGAAAUGGGCCGCUAUAGCGGGAAAAGCUGUCGCCUGGUGUUCAUGCUGACCAUGACCAGUGUGUUUUUCUUGGCCGAGAUCGUGGCCGGUUACGCCGGGAACUCCAUAGCGCUGGUGUCGGACUCGUUUAACAUGCUGUCCGACAUCAUCUCUCUCUCGGUGGGUCUCGUGGCGGCGCGCGUUCGUCACCGCUCCUCUUCUGCGCGCUGCACGUACGGGUUGGUGCGCGUCGAGGUGCUGGGCGCGCUGGCGAACGCCGUGUUCCUGGCCGCCAUCCGCUUUUCCGUGUCGGCCCAAGCGCUUGAGCGGCUCGCAAAGCCCGAGGCCAUCGACAACCCCGCUCUAGUGCUUGUUGUCGGCAGCAUCGGACUCUGUAUCAACGUGGUGGGACUGCUUGUCUUUCAAGACUGGAGAUGCCUGUGCAGGAAAGGAGCGCGCACGACGCACCGCGACAGCGAACCGAAGAGCGACACGGACACAGAAGCAGGUUUCCAGCCGACAGAUUCAGAUGAAGUGGAGGAAUUUGAGGAUGAAGGCCACCACCUUAACAUGAGAGGAGUGCUACUCCACAUGCUAAACGAUGCUCUAGGAUCAGUGGUGGUAGUGGUGACCUCAGCUCUGUUCUAUGUGUGGCCCAAGGCCCAGGAGGCUCCAUGUAACUGGCAGUGCUAUGUGGAUCCAAGUCUGACACUGGUCAUGGUGGCCAUCAUCAUGCCCACUGCCAUUCCCCUGGCUCGAGAAGCAGCAACCAUCCUGCUGCAAAUCAUCCCUCGAGACAUGCCCUUCAACAGAGUCUUGCAAGAAGUGUGCAGUCUUCCCGGGGUCCUGAGUGUGCACGACUCGCACCUGUGGGAGCUGACAAAGAGUCGUUACGUAGCCUCGAUGCACGUGCGAGUCUCCACCGAGCUCCACAGCUCUCUCAGUGGAAUCAAAAUGCUCCAUCAGCAGAUCAGGGAUGUCCUCCAUCACGUCGGCAUCCACAGCGUGACCAUUCAACUGGAAUUUGGCGACGGAAGCCUGGAGAAGACCUACUGUAGCACUCCGUGUUCAUCCCCCUUCUGCCUGAAAGUCUCCUGUUGCCCUCCUGAUGUCGCUGGACUUCCAUUGUAUAAAGCAAACCAGUUCCCUCAGCACAGAGAAUUCCCCGUAGACAUGUACGAAACAAGCAGCGCACUUAAAGUACAAGUGCCAACACAUUCCUACACAGCCACAAAGUUGUAACAGCCACAUGACCAAAAUAAUCAGUGGACACUUCUUUUUGACAUGUAUGGUUUGUACAGAUGAUUCCUAAUGAAAUUCCAGGACUUUCAAGGACUUUUCAAGCCCUAUUUUUUAUUAUUAUUAUUUUUUGAACGUCAUAUUAUGAGUCUUUGGGGAGAAAAAAAAUGUUAUUUCAAGGAAAGCACAAGAGAUAAUAUUGCAAGUUUUUACCUUUUUUCUCCCCCCAAUACUGUUGUUUAAAACCUUGAUGCUUUUGGCCUAAUGUGAUGCAACAUGAAGGUACACGUCAACACGUCAUCGAGCAAGAUUGAGUCACAGAUGACGAGAAGUUCUCAGAUGUAUAGGGGAGCAAAAUUACAUGUACAUUCACCCUUUCCUUUUUUUUUUUUAAAUCUCUGUAUUGUAAGAUUUUUAAAAACUGUCUUGGUAUAUAUUAUUCAUAAAGCUUUAAAGAAAUAUUACUGUAACUGUUUAUAUAAUUGUUUUGUAAAGCACUUUUGUUUUUGUUUUUUUAAGAUAAACACAAUGAUUAUUACCGAUACAACAUAUGGCCAAAUGUUUGUGGACACCUGACCAUCACACCCAUAUGUGCUUUUUGAAGAUCCAAUUGAUCCUUUGCAGUUAUAAUGAUCUCCAUUCUUCUG